GCAGUUGCCGGUGAGCUUGGGAGAGCCUUGGGCGCUGAGGCGCUAUAGGUGUUUUCCCCUGAUUAUUACACAGAACAAACUGAAAUCCGAGACCUCAGGUCCCAGAUAAACUCUAAUCUUCUGAAAGAGGCAAUGGCUGUGGCCCUGGGUUGUGCAAUCCAGGCCUCCUUGAAUCAGGGCUCUGUGCUGCAAGAGUAUGACACUGACUGUGAAGUGUUCCGCCAGCGCUUCAGGCAAUUCCAGUACACAGAGGCAGCAGGGCCUCAUGAAGCUUUCAACAAACUCUGGGAGCUUUGCUGUCAGUGGCUGAAGCCAAAGAUGCGGUCUAAAGAGCAAAUACUGGAGCUGCUGGUGUUGGAGCAAUUCCUAACUAUACUGCCCACGGAGAUAGAGACCUGGGUGAGGGAACAUUGCCCAGAGAAUAGAGAAAGAGUUGUGUCACUGAUAGAAGAUUUACAGAGAGAACUUGAGAUACCAGAGCAGCAGGUCGAUAUGCAUGACAUGCUCUUGGAAGAACUGGCUCCUGUAGGAACUGUACCCAUGCCAAACAUGCACCUGGAGACAUCUGCGCUCCAGGGAAUAGGACCUGUCCAGGAGGCUCCCGUGACAGGGGCCUGGAUCCCACAGGCAGGGCCUCAGGAGCUGAACUAUGGUGCUGCUGGGGAAUGCCAGCCCUUUCUGGAUCCUGGAUAUCCAUUACCAAAGCUUGAUGUGACCUUCCCACUGGAGCAUAGAGAAGAGCCAUGGGUGAAAGAAUUACAGGAUUCCAAAGAAAUGAAACAAUUACUUGAUUCUAAGAUAGGUUUUGAGAUUGGGUUAGAAAAUGAAGAAGAUGCUUCAAAACAGAAAAAAAUGGAGAAUAUGUAUCCAUUUGUUGUAACAUUAGAGGGGAAUGCUCUACAUGGUCCCAUUUUGCAAAAAGACUAUGUACAGUUAGAAAAUCAGUGGGAACCACCCCCAGAGGAUUUACAGACAGAUUUAGCAAAACUUGUAGAACAUCAGAACCCCACUCUAGGAGAGACACCCGAGAGUUCCAACCUGGAAGAACCUCUCAACCCUAGGCCUCAGAAGAAAAAGAGUCCAGGAGAGAAACCUCACCGAUGUCCGCAGUGUGGAAAAUGUUUUGCUCGGAAGUCACAACUUACUGGACACCAGCGAAUUCAUUCAGGAGAGGAACCUCACAAAUGUCCUGAAUGUGGCAAAAGAUUCCUCCGUAGUUCAGACCUUUAUAGGCACCAACGGCUUCAUACAGGAGAGAGACCUUAUGAAUGUACUGUAUGUAAGAAGCGGUUCACUCGGCGGUCACACCUUAUCGGGCACCAGAGAACACAUUCUGAAGAAGAAACAUAUAAAUGCCUGGAGUGUGGAAAAAGUUUCUGUCAUGGAUCAAGUCUCAAAAGACAUCUGAAAACUCACACAGGUGAAAAACCUCAUAGAUGUCAUAGCUGUGGGAAGAGUUUUAGUCGACUGACAGCACUUACUUUGCACCAGAGAACGCAUACUGAAGAGAGACCUUUUAAAUGUAAUUAUUGUGGAAAAAGCUUUAGACAGAGACCAAGCCUCGUUAUUCAUUUAAGAAUUCAUACAGGGGAGAAGCCAUACAAAUGUAGUCAUUGUUCUAAAAGCUUCAGACAGAGAGCAGGUCUUAUUAUGCACCAAGUUACUCACUUUAGAGGACUUCUUUAAGAAUUGUUAAGAGAAAUAGGUCCUGUAGAGAUUAAUAUUAGCUCAAAAAAGUCAUAAUUUGGAAGAAGCUCUUUGAACUUAUAAGAACAGCAUUUUUUUUUUUUUUUGCGGGGGGUCGAGGAGGCUAUUUUUUAAACCCAUCUUCCAAGGCAUAUAAGUUCUAGAGUAUCCACCUAUUCUUGCAGCUAUCCUAGAUUUGAUUUAUUCUGUCUUUUUUAAAUUACAAUGGAAAACUUUGUGUUCUGCCGGGGCAACCAUAUCAUAAGUGUAAGCAUAUAAAGGAUGAUUAUCCUUUUAGGGGUAGGGUCAAUAUAAUGGAUAACCAUGUGUAGAUGACAUAUCUGUAAUAGAAUACUUAUUCUGCUGUGUAAUUAUUAAAGUUGACUACAUAAGCUCAGAGCUUUAGAUAUGCCCCAGGUGCAAGAAGGGAGACAAUGGAUUUUGUCAAACAAUAAAAAGUGUAAGGAACACAAGGAUGAAGGGGAAUAUUAUUUGCCUCAUAAAAAUAGGGUUACUUCUAUUGAAAUUUCUAUGUUUAAGAAAAUCAAGAUUGUAAUCUUUACUUUUGAAUUUGCCAAGUUUACUGGUUUGCUUAGUUGGAAGUCUAUGGUGAUGGUGCUUAGAGAGGAUUAUUGAUUUGGUAAUUAAGCUAUAGAUCUGGAAGAAUUAACUUGACAGGUGAAGUUGUACAAGUAGAAUGGAUUUUCUUUCAUUUGACUAGAGAACCAAUAUUAAUGGAUUUUUUGCUCUCCUUUGAUAUUCACUUAUGUGUCUUUCAGUGCUUUUGAAAUUUUACCCAUUUUUAAAAUUCAGUGUCUCCAUAAGUAUGUGUCAUGGCACACUUAAUUCUGCAAGAUAUGUUGCAAGUAAGUUUGGAAACUGCUUCCUGCUGUUUCUCCUUCUUAGAUUCAUAAUGCAUAUCAGCAUAUGAAAAUCUCAGAGAGGUCCUCUACUAAAGGAGGAUAAAGCACCUCUUUGGGCUUAACAUUUUCUAAACUUAUUGACCCCAGAACCUUUUUCAUAUACACCUAGUAAUAACUUUUGAACCAGUAUUUUGCAAAUAUCCCUUGGAACACACUGCCUUAAAUAACUAUUUCUAUAGCUAUCAGUGUAGUCCUGUUGAUCCCAAGUUAGUAAUCUCCAUUUAUUUCAAGGGUAUUAUGGAAAUUUCUUCAAAGAUAUACAUCUUUUGUAUAAUAUACAAAACAUACAGCACAUCAUUUUAAGGAGGUGGGGAUCACUAAUUCGGAUAAUUGCCCAGUGAUUCUAAACCUCUUUGAAUUUUACUCAUAAUUACACACACACACACACACACACACACCACAGUAGCAUAUACACACAGACCCACACACACAUCAAAUUAAGGAAUUGAGGGUCACUCAUUCAGAUUAAUUGUGAAUUGCCCAGUGAUUCUCAACCUCCUUGAAUUUUACUUAUAAUCUUAUAAUUACACAUACACACACAGUUAUUACUUAUAUAAACAUUUUCAUAUAAUCAUGGUAACAACGCCAAUUCUCAUAGCGAGGGAAGAAAUCUUAUCAGUUAAAGCUUAUCAUUGAGCCUAAUUCCUUGUUAUCAGAUACAAGAAAUAGGACAUUCAAGCAUUGUCCCUUUAUGAAGAUAUCCAGUCAUCCUUUCCUUAAACUAUAACUAGGGAAAGUAUAUCUCUUCUAUUGCAUUGAAAUUCUUGGAAGUGAUAAGUAUUUGGGGGGUAUCUACUAUGUGCCUAACUAGUCCUGUUCUAGGCUUAAUGGAGCUAGUAAAGAAAUAUAAUUCAUGGAUCAGGCUCAUAAAGAGUUUAUAAUAUCUGUAAUUAAACAAGUGUUGGGAAAUAAAUGGACAACAAUGCAAGAGAGUCUAUAAUUAAGUGCCAAAUCAUAUUAAGUGCCAGAGCCAGGAUGUCUUUAAUUCUUAACAUCCAGGUCCCUGUAUGAUGCUGCUAUAAGUCUGGGGUUAAAUUGAGAUCCCAGUAGCAAUAAACAUGUAACAUGGGAGGAGUAUGAAUGUAGAGAUGAAAAAUUCAGAAUGUAAUGGCUUCUUUUUUCUCUCUUGUGGAAUUGCAUUCAAACCAGAACAGUGCCUUAGAAUGGAUGUGCCCAACUGCUCUGUAUUUAUACGCUAUUUUAAUAAAGUGGAAACGUAUAUGCUCUCCCUGCUUCUCUUGCAUCAAGUAAUUGUUUGAACAACCUAGAGCUGCUUCUCUGAAUAGUGGAAACAAGCACCACUAUCCCCAUCCCAAGCUGGAUUAAUUUUUCUCUUCACAAAGUGCUAUAAUUAUGCAUUCUUUUUAGCAUUUAAUACAGUCAAUUUUAGCUGGUAGGCUUAGUUGCAAUCAUAGUAUGAUAUGCCUCUUAUCCCUCAUAUAUAUCAGAAACACAAAUUACUUGAUUUUUACAGGGUAGAGAACACCUUUGAACAUCUCUUUGUUACAGUGCCCUGUUUACAGUAAGCAUUAGUAUUUGUGGCAUUGAAUUGAGAAGCUUGUGAAAUAGUUCUUGGAAGCAGAUUACACAGUUAGAUGUGCUUAAUUAGGGCACAUACAGUACCUACCUCCUAACUGUUAUGAAGGACAAAAAUCAGUACCCACUUCAUAAGUACUAUAAAGAUUAAAGGAAAUAUAUUUUGUUCAAGUCUUAAAAGUAUAAGCUUUUAAUAAAUAUCCAGCAUAUUGUAUUUGCAUUCUUUGUUGUUUAAUAAUAAAAGCAUUUCACUCUAUGGA